AUGUCGACAGCUAGCUCGUUGUUACGUGGCGGCAGCAGUGGUAGCAAUAGCAGCGGCCAGCAAGUAUCGGAUGAGAGUCCCGUACGACUAGACCAGGAUGAGACCCGACCAUCGCUCGCUUCGUCUAUAUCAGCAGCAUCCCCCGGCGGAGAGAUUUACAGACGCCACACUCCGCUAAGCCCCGAUCGCAACAAACCAACCGCGUUUUCUCUCGCACAAACCAUCCCUGAUUCUUCGCCCGCUAAAUUAUCCUCUUUCAAUCCGAACCCUCCAUCCGAUCGCAUCAAUGCGUCUCCUUCGCCGUUCACGUCGCGCGCCGCGAGACACGGCAGUCUGGGGGGGGGACAACCCGACAUGUCCGUGCGAGCGUUACUCGCGCGGCACCAGUACCUGCUGCGAACAAUGGGGAUACUCGUCGUGCUGUGCGCGGUGUACCUGUAUUUCGCCAUCUCCAUGGACCAGGAGGGUCUCAGCUGCCAGGGACUUCGGGGCCCGGCGCUCGCGGAAUGCAGAGAGCAGCUCAAGGCGAAGCGACUCGCGAACAGGAAGGGACGGGGAGGGGACAACGCCGGAGUUAAGAACGGUGCAGCCAGUUCUGGAGGGUUUACAGAAGGUAGAGAGGUUGAGGGAAGUGUAGAGGGUGGAGGCAGCGGAGAGGGCCAGAUUGGGCAUGUGAAGGCUAUUCAGAUGCGGCAGCAGGAGAAAUAUGCUAACGGUUAUCAAGUAGUCGAAGCAGAGGAGAGCAUGUGGGUGAGUGAGCUUGCCUGCAGGGGUGCCGGUGGCAAUGAUGUCUCCGAGUUGAAGAGCGAUGCCGGCAGAGAUAGUGGCGAUGAGGGUAGGGAUGGGGAUGUGAGAGCUCACCUGGAGUGCUCACAGCUCACCUGGAGUGCUCACAGCUCACCUGGAGUGCUCACAGCUCACCUGGAGUGCUCACAGCUCACCUGGAGAGCUCACAGCUCACCUGGAGUGCUCACAGCUCACCUGGAGUGCUCACAGCUCACCUGGAGUGCUCACAGCUCACCUGGAGUGCUCACAGCUCACCUGGAGUGCUCACAGCUCACCUGGAGUGCUCACAGCUCACCUGGAGUGCUCACAGCUCACCUGGAGUGCUCACAGCUCACCUGGAGUGCUCACAGCUCACCUGGAGUGCUCACAGCUCACCUGGAGUGCUCACAGCUCACCUGGAGUGCUCACAGCUCACUUGGAGUGCUCACAGCUCACCUGGAGUGCUCACAGCUCACUUGGAGUGCUCACAGCUCACCUGGAGUGCUCACAGCUCACCUGGAGUGCUCACAGCUCACCUGGAGUGCUCACAGCUCACCUGGAGUGCUCACAGCUCACCUGGAGUGCUCACAGCUCACCUGGAGUGCUCACAGCUCACCUGGAGUGCUCACAGCUCACCUGGAGUGCUCACAGCUCACCUGGAGUGCUCACAGCUCACCUGGAGUGCUCACAGCUCACCUGGAGUGCUCACAGCUCACCUGGAGUGCUCACAGCUCACCUGGAGUGCUCACAGCUCACCUGGAGUGCUCACAGCUCACCUGGAGUGCUCACAGCUCACCUGGAGUGCUCACAGCUCACCUGGAGUGCUCACAGCUCACCUGGAGUGCUCACAGCUCACCUGGAGUGCUCACAGCUCACCUGGAGUGCUCACAGCUCACCUGGAGUGCUCACAGCUCACCUGGAGUGCUCACAGCUCACCUGGAGUGCUCACAGCUCACCUGGAGUGCUCACAGCUCACCUGGAGUGCUCACAGCUCACCUGGAGUGCUCACAGCUCACCUGGAGUGCUCGAAGCUCACCUGGAGUGCUCACAGCUCACCUGGAGUGCUCACAGCUCACCUGGAGUGCUCACAGCUCACCUGGAGUGCUCACAGCUCACCUAGACUCACCUGGAGUGCUCACAGCUCACCUGGAGUGCUCACAGCUCACCUGGAGUGCUCACAGCUCACCUGGAGUGCUCGAAGCUCACCUGGAGUGCUCACAGCUCACCUGGAGUGCUCACAGCUCACCUGGAGUGCUCACAGCUCACCUGGAGUGCUCACAGCUCACCUGGAGUGCUCACAGCUCACCUGGAGUGCUCUAA